CCCGGAAGUGUUUGUUAAAGUUCUGUUGUAAACAGAGAAAAUGGAUUCACAUCAGUUUUGUACAGUGACGGACACUAAAACUCAGUGUAAAUACUUAUGUUACACACGAAGAAAGUCUGAAGUUUUUAAUAUCUGUUUGACAGAUGCUGUUGAUGUCUGGAGCACAGAUUUCACAGAAGAAACACUGAAGGAGUUUACAGAGACGUUUGCCUUGAAAUCUACAGAGGAUUACAUCCUAAAACUCAAAAGUGCUGGUAGCGUUUAUGUUGUAGUGGGUGAAUCCACAUUAGAUCUCCAUGUGGGUCCGAGUCCAGGCGGUCUCGGUGUGACCCUGUCCAGACUGGACGGUCCUCGGGCCGCAGAGGAGCUGAAGGAGCUGCUGUUCACGAUGGCCAACAGACUCGCCCACUCAGACGGUUUGUAUCCGGCCGUCAGUCCAAUGAAGAAUCACCACAGACGCACAGAGUUUGAGCCGCGGCAGCAGAAUUCAGCUCCAUUGGUGACGGUAAAGAAACGACUUCCAGGGGCGUCACUCAUCAACCCGGGAGCUAAAAAGUAAAAAAAACGUGAAGCGACCGGUGUGGCCUUCGAUGACGCAGACGAAGACUGACGAUAAACACUGUUUUAAUCCAUGGACAUGUGAUGAAGAUGAUGAUGAAGAUGAAGAAGAGUGUUUUUAAGUCGAAAGCUUUUAUUUUAUUUUUUUUUUUUUUUUUUCAUUAUGACCCAGGGUGAAAAUGAAAUGAAACUUGAAUAAUGAUUUUAAUUAUCUGAAUAUCUGACGAUGGGAUAAAUGUUUUACUCCCAGAUCACUACACUGGAGCUUUUAUUCUUUUUACUUGAAUAUUAAUUGAAUAAAGGAUGAGUUUCAACCAA